UGAAGCCUUCUCCUCUUCAGAGCUCCGCAGCAGCCAUGGCUCCAAGACAGAAAGUGGGGACCAAUUCCUCCCCUAAACCUGCAUCAGAUGAUGACACUCCAGUGGGGAACAUCCCGCCAGCUUACUCCACUCUGGACCUGGUGAACGACGAUCCAGAUGCAGAUCCCUGGAGUGCCCCGGAGCUCAUAGACAAUGGGAUCAAGUGGUCAGAGCUGGAUACAAAAGGGAAGAUGAUGAGAAUUCUGACAGGUUUACUGAAGAUGGUUGCGCUGCUGGGUCUUCUCUACUUCUUUAUUUGCUCUCUGGAUGUUCUCAGCUCUGCUUUCCAGCUGGUCGGAGGCAAAGCUGCUGGUGACAUCUUCAAGGACAAUGCUGUGUUGGCCAACCCUGUGGCCGGGCUAGUGAUUGGGGUUUUAGUCACAGUGAUGGUGCAGAGCUCCAGCACCUCCUCCUCCAUUGUGGUCAGCAUGGUGUCCUCUGGACUGCUGGAUGUCCAGUCUGCAGUGCCGAUCAUCAUGGGAGCCAACAUUGGAACUUCUGUCACCAACACUAUCGUAGCUAUGAUGCAGGCAGGAGAUCGAAACGAGUUCCGCAGGGCGUUUGCCGGUGCCACAGUGCACGACUUCUUCAACUGGCUCGCUGUGCUGAUACUCCUCCCGCUGGAGGUAGCUACAGGCGUCCUGUACAAACUCACCCACCUCAUCAUCGAAUCCUUCAACAUCCAGGGCGGAGAGGACGCGCCCGACCUGCUCAACGUCAUCACAGACCCUCUCACCGACUCCAUCGUCCAGCUGGACAAAAAUGUGAUCUCCCUCAUCGCCACCAAUGACGCAGCAGCCGAAAACAUGAGUCUGAUCAAAGUGUGGUGCAAGACGGAGACCAACGUGACUUUCUGGAAUGUGACAGUGGAGAACUGCACAGCCGGUGCCCUCUGUUGGGAAGAAGGAAACCUGACCUGGACCAUGAUGAACAGGACAUGGAUAAAUCACCUACAGAGAUGCAAACAUAUCUUCGCCAGUACGACACUGCCCGACCUGGCCGUGGGCCUCAUUCUUCUGGCGCUGUCCUUGUUCGUCCUCUGCACAUGCCUCAUCCUCAUUGUCAAGCUGCUCAACUCCAUGCUGAAGGGUCAGGUGGCUGUGGUCAUCAAGAAAGUGAUCAACACAGACUUCCCCUUCCCCUUCUGUUGGGUGACUGGAUACAUUGCAAUUUUGGUGGGAGCAGGGAUGACCUUCAUCGUUCAGAGCAGCUCUGUGUUUACCUCAGCUAUAACUCCUCUUGUUGGUAUCGGUGUUAUUAGCCUCGAGAGAGCCUAUCCUUUGACCCUGGGGUCAAAUAUUGGUACAACAACCACUGCUAUACUUGCUGCUAUGGCUAGUCCUGCAGAAAAACUAAAAGAAUCACUACAGAUUGCACUUUGCCAUUUCUUCUUCAACAUCAUGGGUAUCUUACUGUUUUAUCCGAUCCCCUUCACGCGGGUGCCCAUCAGGUUGGCCAGAGGGUUGGGCAACCAUACAGCUAAAUACCGCUGGUUUGCCGGCCUCUACCUCAUCCUGUGCUUCUUAGUUUUCCCUCUGACUGUGUUCGGCCUGUCAAUGGCUGGCUGGCAGGUCCUCGUUGGAGUCGGUGUGCCAUUCAUUGUGUUGGUCGUCUUUGUGAUAAUCGUCAACGUGAUGCAGUCUCGAUGCCCUCGCUUCCUGCCCAAGCUCCUACAAGACUGGGACUUUUUGCCCCGACCUCUGCAUUCAAUGGCGCCUUGGGACACUGUGGUGACCUCGGCCUUAGGGUUCUGCGGCAAAUACUGCUGCUGCUGCUGCUGCUGCUGCAAGAAAACUGAAGAUGAGACGAUGAUGAAAAACAACACUAAGAGCCUAGAGAUGUACGAUAACCCCUCCAUGUUGAAAGACGAGGACACGAAGGAGGCCGUCAAAGCAACACAUCUGUAACAUCGUUAAGUUGAAUUUGUAUCUCAAUGUAGUGAUGCAUUUGUGAAACACUUAAUGUUUGUCACUUCUCAGGUUGUGGUAUGUUGAUGAUUCUCUUGUACUGGAUGAUAUAUUUUGCACUAUGGUUAACACUGUCAAUCACUGGGGAAUAUGAAAAGAAGUGCUGGACAUAUUAUUAUGAACCUGCUGUUUCUGGGCAUGUGAUGUUUAUCUUAUGAUGUCUUAAAUUUAUUGUUGAGACUCACUGUCUGCUGUGACUUAACUGUGGGUGGUUCUGAAUGUUAUGACGUGUUUAUAUAUUUUUUAUGACAGGCGGUUUUAUAAGAGGCCUUUGACCUCUAGAUUGAACAUCUAAACUCAAAUGUUUAUCACAGAAGUAAAAUUUGUUAUCCUUCAUUAUUUAAGACUUUAUAAUAUUUGUAAAUAAAAAAUUGCUAUUUUUAAA